UUCUGGAUGUCAAUAUGCGGCUCGGUGCGGCGCAGGGAAACAGAGCCGCUGUGAAGAUGUAAACCAACCGAGCAACCUGCCCCAGAGCGAGAGCCGAGAACCGAACAAGACCGAGUCAGACCUCACCGGCACCGGAACACACACAUCUCCGACCCGCGCCUGCACCUCCGACUGUCUCCCUCUCGCGUCCCUGGACUCUGUAGCAGCCAUCUUUAGUGGAGGAUGUCGCGGGCCUCGCUGCUGCUCCUAGCCGCGGUGCUGCUGUCCGCCGUGGGGCUGCUGUCCGGGCUCCCAGCGCUCACCGAGCCAAAGGACUGCGACAAACCGUGCAUGAACGGACAGUGCAACCCGAGCACCGGCGGCUGCGUGUGCUACCCCGGCUGGGUGGGGGACCAAUGCCAGCACUGCGGAGGACGGUUCAGGUUGACUGGGCCAUCUGGACACCUCACUGAUGGACCUGGGAACUACAAAUACAAGACCAAGUGCACCUGGCUCAUCGAAGGAGAACCAAACACUAUCAUUCGACUGCGGUUUAACCAUUUUGCCACAGAGUGCAGCUGGGACCACCUGUACGUGUACGACGGAGACUCCAUCUAUGCCCCCCUGCUGGCUGCAUUUAGUGGUCUGAUUGUCCCAGAGCGUUAUGGGAAUGAGACAGUUCCAGAGGUGGUGUCUCAGUCUGGAUUUGCCCUCCUGCACUUCUUCAGCGACGCAGCCUACAACCUCACAGGAUUCAACAUCUCAUACAGGGUGAACACCUGCCCCAAUAACUGCUCGGGACAUGGAGAGUGCCGCUUAGCGAAUUCGACAGGUGCAGUGAUUUGUGAAUGCGAAGACAACUGGAAGGGAGAGGCCUGUGAUGUCCCGUACUGUGAAGCCAACUGUGGGUACCCUGAUCGAGGGCACUGCCUGGGCAAGAACUGUAUCUGCAACACCGGGUGGCAAGGUCCAGAUUGCUCAGUGUCUGUCCCGGCCAAUGCAUCUUUUUGGACCAGAGAGGAGUACUUGGACCCCGGGUUGAGCAGGGCCUCCCAUAAGGCUGUGGUGGAUCAGGGGAUCAUGUGGGUUAUUGGAGGAUACGUCUUUAAUGCGACGGACUACCACAUGGUCAAAGCGUAUAACCUGAGCAGCAGGAGGUGGCUGACCCUUGACCCCUCUGUGAACACCGUUGCCCCUAGAUACGGACACUCUCUGGCUCUACACGAGGGUAAGAUCUACAUGUAUGGAGGGAAAAUUGACUCCACUGGGAACGUGUCCAGUCAGCUGUGGGUCUUCCACAUUCAGAACCAGACCUGGGUCCAGCUCGGGCCUCGGGCCAAGGAGCAGUACGCCGUGGUGGGACACUCCGCCCACAUGGUGCCCCCCCUCAGAGAAGGAGACAGUCCUGUGAUGCUGGUGCUGUUUGGGCACUGUCCUCUGUACGGAUACAUCAGCCAAGUGCAGGAGUAUAACAUCGGGAUGAACACGUGGAGUGUGGUGUCCACAGACGGGGCUCUGGUGCAGGGCGGAUACGGCCACAGCUCAGUAUUUGACCCUGGGACCAGAGCCAUCUACAUCCAUGGAGGAUACAAAGCUUUCAGUGCCAACAAGUAUGGCCUGGCAGGAGACCUGUACAAGUUUGACGUGGACAAGAGGAAGUGGACCGUCCUAAGGGACAGUGGUUUCUUCCGGUACCUGCACACAGCGGUGAUUGUGAGUGGGACCAUGCUCGUGUUCGGGGGAAACACUCACAACGACACCUCCAUGAGCCAUGGAGCCAAGUGCUUCUCUUCAGACUUCCUCUCCUACAACCUGGCUUGUGAUGAGUGGACCAUCCUGCCUCGACCCGAUCUGUACCACGACAUCAACCGCUUUGGACACUCUGCAGUCUUCAGUGAGGGUGUGAUGUACGUGUUCGGAGGGUUCAACAGUCUGCUCCUCAGUGACGUCCUCAUGUACACCUCUCCCAACUGCUCCGCCUUCUCCUCGGCCUCCUCCUGCGCUCAGGCUGCUCCCGGGAUCCAGUGUGUGUGGGACAGUGUCCAAGAAUCCUGCCUGCCCUGGGACAAUCAUGUGACCACACCUGAACUGCCCCCCUCCUGCAAUACCAGAUCAUACGCUGAUAACGAGAGGUGUGACCAGUACACCGACUGCUACAGCUGCACCGCCAACACCAACGGCUGCCAGUGGUGCUCCACACAGUGCGUCUCCAUGGCGAGCAACUGCACCUCCAGCUCGGGGUCAAUUUCAGAGUUUGACGGCUGCCCCAAAGACAACCCUACUUAUGUUUGCAACAAGAAAACGAGCUGUAAGAGCUGCGCCGUGGACCAGAACUGUCAGUGGGAGCCCAGGAACCAGGAGUGCAUCUCUCUGCCCGAGAAUGUUUGUGGUGAAAGCUGGCAUCUGGUUGGAAACUCGUGUCUGAAGUUCAUCACAGCCAAAGACUCGUAUGACAAUGCUAAACUGGCCUGUCGGAGCCAUAAUGCUGUCCUGGCCUCCCUCACCACGCAGAAGAAGGUCGACUUUGUGCUGAAGGAGCUGCAGAUCAUGAGCGUGGUGUAUAAGGCGAUGAUGACUCCGUGGGUGGGUCUGAGGAAGAUUAACGUGUCUUACUGGUGCUGGGAGGACAUGUCACCGUUCACAAACACGUCUCUGCAGUGGCUGCCCGGAGAGCCCAGCGACGCAGGGUUCUGUGGAUAUUUGGCCGAACCAGCCUCCAGUGGACUCAAGGCUCAGACUUGCAUCAAUCCAGUCAAUGGCAGCCUGUGUGAGAGGCCAGCCAACCACAGUGCAAAGCAGUGCCGUGUGCCGUGCGCCAUGAGGGCCACCUGUAGUGAGUGCACCACGGGCAGCUCCGAGUGCAUGUGGUGCAGUAACAUGAAGCAGUGUGUGGACUCAAAUGCAUACGUGGCCUCUUUUCCCUUCGGACAGUGUAUGGAGUGGUACACCAUGAACGCAUGUCCACCGGAGAACUGCUCUGGAUAUCGUACGUGUGGCCAGUGUCUGGACCAGCCUGGGUGUGGGUGGUGCACAGACCCCAGUAACACAGGCAGGGGGCAGUGCAUCGAGGGCUCUUACCGUGGGCCAUUCCAGACCUCUGUUCCUGCUCCCUCCACUCUGCCCGGCCUGCCCCCCAGCCCCCAGCCCGCUCUCAAUGCCACCAUGUGUCCCGGUGAUGCCAAGUACAACUGGUCCUUCAUACACUGCCCAGCGUGUCAGUGCAAUGGGCACAGUCAGUGUGUGAACGAGAGCGUGUGUGAAAAGUGUGAAGACCUGACCACUGGACGGCACUGUGAGAGCUGCAUCUCUGGUUUCUACGGUGACCCCACAAAUGGAGGAAGCUGCCAACCGUGUAAGUGUAACGGCCACGCCUCCAUGUGUAACCCAAACACGGGGAAGUGUUUCUGCACCACCAAAGGCAUCAAGGGAGACCGCUGCCACCUGUGUGAAGUGGAGAACCGCUACCAAGGCAACCCGCUCAAAGGGACAUGCUACUACACGCUCCUGAUCGACUACCAGUUCACCUUCAGCCUGUCGCAGGAGGACGAUCGCUACUACACGGCCAUCAACUUCGUAGCGACGCCCGAGGAGCCAAACCGAGAUCUGGACAUGUUCAUCAAUGCCUCAAAGAAUUUCAACCUGAACAUCACAUGGGCUACCAGCUUCACAGCAGGUACUCAGACCGGUGAGGAGAUCCCCAUUGUGUCCCGGAGCAACAUCAAGGAGUUUAAAGACAGUUUUUCCAACGAGAACUUUGAUUUCCGCAACAGCCCCAACAUCACGUUCUUUGUCUACGUCAGCAACUUUACGUGGCCCAUUAAAAUUCAAAUUGCCUUCUCCCAGCACAGUAAUUUCAUGGACCUGGUGCAGUUCUUCGUCACGUUCUUCAGCUGCUUCCUGUCUCUGCUGCUGGUGGCCGCGGUGGUGUGGAAAAUCAAACAGAGCUGUUGGGCUUCGCGGCGGAGAGAGCAACUGCUGAGGGAGAUGCAGCAGAUGGCCAGUCGCCCCUUCGCCACCAUCAACGUCGCCUUGGAGACAGACGAAGAGCCGCCUGACCUCAUCGGAGGAAACGUCAAGUCUGUCCCAAAGCCCAUUGCGCUGGAGCCCUGCUUUGGAAACAAGGCGGCGGUGCUCUCCAUAUUUGUGCGGUUACCCAGAGGCACCGGCGGCAUCCCUCCUCCAGGACAGUCGGGCCUGGCGGUGGCGAGCGCGCUGGUGGACGUCUCUCAGCAGAUGUGCGUGGGCUACAAGGAGAAGUCCGGAGGUCUGAGGAACCGCAAGCAGCAGCCCACCGCCCAGCCCGCCACCUGCAUCUGACCACGCCCCGUCACCACGGAAACACCCCCGAAUCAACCAAUCACCACGCCCCGUACGCCCCCCUACCGCAACACCUCAGCCCCGCGGUGCAGUGCAUGCUGGGACACUGGAGUGGAACUUUCCUCGGGACUGGAGUACAGAUCGGGGCGGAGGUGUGUCUGAGGGAAACGUGUGCUCUCUUUAAACUGGACACUAGGGGGCGGCGUGAGCAGAAGGGAGGCGCACAUCCUCCUUAAAAAAACACUGACAUUUUACGUUUGUCGACGCCGCCCGGUGGAGCGCCGGCGUUCACGGCUUGCUGCUAGAAAAAGAUCCUCAUUUCAUAGUUUUUAAAAAGGACUUUACGAUUUUGUUUUACUUAAAUUAUUGUUUUUUAUUGUUUUAUUUUUGAAGGCAGGUAUAACUGAUUUUGUCAAGCUGCACACACAGUUCAAUAGACUAAAUUAGUAAGUAAAUGUCUCACUUACUUUCUCCAUUGACGCUUCCAUAUACUAAUAAACACACAAAAAUCAUAUUUGACAUAAACUGUAAACAAUAUGACUAAUACAAUUUUCCUCAUUUUUUCAUAUUGUCAAAAAUAAGAAUCUUGGAUGCGUAAACUUUUCAGACAUUGGAUCAAAAACUGGACUUAACUUUGGACUAAACCAGGACUAAAGCUGGACUAGACUGGGACAAAACCAUGAUCAACACUGGACUAUAUUGGGACUAAAAUGUUUUGCACUUGAAUCUCGACCCAUCCUUUUGAAUACUAAAAGAUGAUUCGUCAAUGGAGAAAACUAUUAUCACACGUACUUUAUAAACCACAGUUGUUCCUUCUCUGAGCUUCCCGUGGCUAACUCAGUCCCAUUUUUCACCUUUUUUCGGCCGUGAGCUGUAAGGGCUGAUGUCACUGCAGUCCUAUACAGUCUGGCCUGGGAGAGGGCUAACAAGCUAACAGGCUAAUAGUCUUCCUAUAAUGAGGUCCACUGUACGAGGCUGUAGCCCAUCUGAACACAGUGACAUUUCUAACAGACCUUUCUGUACUUAUCCCUCGCUCUCUCUUCCGCCUCCUCCUCCACCACCUCCUCUUUUCUCCUGCUUGACUUCCGCUGCUUCAUUUUGGGCCAAACUACAGUCUCUCGCUCCUCGUACGGUCUGCGCUGGAGCCGUGCCCGCUCUUGAAUCGUCUCCAGGCAAUUAGCGCUACACCAGGGACAAAGGAGGCACAGUGCGUUUACAAGAUGUGGGAGAAACAGCUGGAUCUGGUGACUGAAACGGAACUAAAACAAAUUACAAUAUUCGGUAACACUUUAUAAUAAAUACAUUUCAAUUAGCUCCUUUAUAGGUUAUUUACUAAGCCUGAAUCAUUCUUAAUCCAUAAUGAAGAACAGUUUAUUAAGUUUGGUUCAAGCUUUCAUUAAGGCUAAUUAUGGAAUAUAGUUUAGGGAUGCACCGAUCUGAUACUGUGUGCCGAGUAGGGCUGGGUAUCAUUAAAAAGUUGCAGAUACGAUACAUACCUCAAUACAUAGGCCACAAUACGACAUGUCUCGAUACAGUGAGCUUUCGAUUCUAUUUAAUAUAUUUCAAAUCAAUUCGAUACAAAAAUUCAAUAAAAAAAGGCUAAAUUGUGGCUGUGAUACUAAAAGUCUUUGUUAAACCACUUUUAGUGCAAAGUUAAUAAGAAACACACAUUUUACUCAUCAAAACUGCAGCGCUGUAACAAAAUAAUUUUGUAAAAUAUACAAAAAAAUACUCAUGGUGAUAUAUCGAUACAGCAGCCCAUGAUAUCCAUACUGUAUCGUCAUAUUAAAUGAUACGAGAUAUUGAUAUUUCAGUAUUUUUGCACACCCCUCGUGCCAGUACUGAAAAAUUUGCUGAAUGGGGUAUCGGCUUCCAAAUAUCGAUUCAGCCGAUAUCCUGGUUGGGCAUAUACAUUGAUAAAAUAAGACUAUUUCCUAUUUUCCAUUUUUAUUUGGCACAGGAAGUCUCAUAAUGUUUGAACUUUUAUAUAUGCAAAGUUUGUCUGUAGUGAUGAGGUAAAUAACAGAUACAAUCACACAUUUGGAUCAGUUUAGUCUUAUUUUAAUUUUGUUUGCGCCGGUAACAAUAUCAGGCAUUGGCAGAUACUGAAACGAUAGAAUCAAUCUGAAUCAGAACUGAAUCGGUGCAUCCCUACAGUAAUAGUUAUUAUAAAGUCUCCAAAUUACUGAACUAAAGUAAAGUAACUUAAGUAUAAAUGUAUAAAACGUAAAUUAAUUGUCACUUUUUCUUUUUUUUUUUUUUUAAUGAAACCAGCCUCCUCACUUGUAAUUAGCAUAUUGAUGAAGCAUUGAUUUCAUUAGAUACCCUGAGUGACUCAAUCCAGAUAAUUUAUGCCAAUUUGGAUCCGUACACUCCUUCUCUUGUUUUAAACGUGAUCACUGUCCAACUACAUUCAGUUCAAAUGCUCUAAUGGUACACAACUUCGUCUCUUGGAGUUACUGAACUAUUUUGACUUAUUUCUGUACAUAUAUUAGACAGUUGAAACCUAAACUGAUAAAACUGUUGUCUCGUUAACAUCUGCACACAUUCGCUCAUGACUUUCAACUUCCUUUUUCCUGAUAUAUUUUUUUUUAAAUUGUCAAUCGCUAUGGCAACGGACUGUCAUGUCAUUUUUCGUAAUUCUGAAAUCCACAGAUGUACAACUUGACAACUUUGAGCGCCGCAUUUUCACAAUAUGAACAAGAAAAGAGCCCGUUUCCUACUAUGCCGUUAAAGGUGCACUGUGUAACUUUUCGAGUGGACGGUCCAUCAUUUAUACUUGCCUCUAUGGAGAUGUAUUUGCUUUGCCUAGAAUGUUCAAUGCAACGUAUUAUCUAUCAGUACGAUCUUCAUGGAGACGAGCAGAUGACACACAGUUUUCAAAUUUUUUUUUGCAAUAUAAUCACUUGUAUUUGAUAAAUGCGAGAUAGAUAGGUUUAAUGCCGUACUGUGAAACAUUACAUGCAAAGAAAUACUAUCUUAGUGAAGCCUCCUCAUCUGGCAGACCCGCACCUGAAAGUUACACAGUGCACCUUUCAGUUUUUAUGGCUAUUCAAUUAAAUGAUCAUAUUAUGCAUUACUCAACUCUGAUUGCGUAGUGACCGUCGUUAAAUAUUUGACGUAUGAAUUAUAUUUUUAACUGACAUGAAUUGAUUUUUACACCUGAUGCCCUACCUGAUGCAACACUCCGUUUGAAUUUGCUUAGGGCUGGCAAAAAACUGGUUUAACAUAAGAAUUUUUUUUAGUGAUUAGUUUGUUUGUUUGGUCAUAAUUUCUGGUGCUGUACCUGACUUUAACUUCCAAAUCCAAGUCUAAAUCCACUUUAUACAGCACAACUUAAAGGUUCUAUCUUACACUCUUUUCUGAUCUAUGUUAUAAUGUGGAAAACCACCAUCAGAAAGUUACACAGUGCACCUUUACGUUUUUAUAUCUAUUCAAUUAAAUGACCGUAUUAUGCAUUGCUUAACGCUUAAUUGCACAGAGCUGGUGAGGGAAAUCCUUGGUUUAUAACGAUCGUCCCUUUGGCCCCUCCUCAUGUCACCAAGUGUCCAUGGAACCGCCAAUCGACUCCAGUGAUCACUCUGUUGCCCCGUUGGCCUCGCCCUCCUUUACAAUCGUUCCCUAACAAAUCUAUUGUCUCUAAUUGCUGCUCCGUGCCCCCUACACCCCUCCUUCGUCAACCCCCGUCGGGCCCCUCCUCGUCGUCCUCUUCAUCGCUCAAUGGGGAUCGUUCGGCGUCCCUAGAAGCGAGGGACAGCUACCCAAUUACGCGCGGCGAAAGUGGCGUUUUCGCUCGAUACUGCUUGACGCGAAUGCUGCCGUCAGACGCUUGAACAUGCAAGGGUGACGCUGAUAGGUUCUCUGCGCUAAAGAUUGUAUGGAAAAUAUCACACAAGAAAAUACUAUGGUGAAAAAGGCUAACUGGUAUCUGUCCAAUAUUUGCGUUUAUGAAAUUCUCCUGUAUGGAUUGUCGCGAUCCAUGUACAUGCGAUGUACAUAUUUAUUCUUUUACAUUUAUUUAAAGGUGCACUGCGCAAUUUUUCUGAAACUUGUCUCCAUGGAGAUGUUACAGUAUCUUCCAUGGCAGGACGUUAACCAUAUCCAUCUAACAUUUAUUCAUUACGGGUGUUUCUAUUGCUCAAAAAUACACUAAUUCCUUCUGUGAAUAGGGGCGACUCUCCACAGAUCUGAAUUGUAAUGUAGCGUAGUGCUGUAACUUGCUUGUCGUCUAGAAAUAUUACGCAGUUCACCUUUAAAUUGUGAUUAAAAAAUUCAAAAUUGAAAGCUAAAGCAUCGUCGUCAUCAUCACAACUUAAAUAAAAGCAAAACAAAUGUGUAUUAUUUUGGCCAUUAUUUUUUAUAAACUACAAAAAUGAUUACAUUUUUUCAUUUUAUUCUAUUUAUAGUCAUGAGCCUGCCUAUUCAGACUCAACUCACAAACUGACCGACAUAUUUCCUUUUCUCUUCUUCUGUAUAAAUCACUUUUCAAAAUGGUGCUCGCUGUCUAUAUAAAGAUUAGAUUAGUAAAUGCUGUAAGUGACUUUUCAAUUCCCUCUGAAAUGACUGGCCUAUAAGUUCUCAUUACUCUGAGACAUUUUUACAGUAAAAGGUUAGACCUCCACAGAACAAAACCUCAAAAUGUAACAAUGUAAAACCCCCAGUGUUGUUAAACUCCCUCCCACAAGAGGUGCCGUAAUCAGGCAUUUCGAACCAGCGUUUGGCCCUAAAGAGGCGCUUUUAUUCAGAGGGCUCUUGUGAUUUUAGCCUUGCAAAACCACUCGGCGUCUGGGAAAUGCCACAGUUUUAGAAUCCAGAAAAGGUCAGAGUCAAAAGCAUGAACAAAGCUGACAUAUAAUGAUUAUAGAGAGCUAGAGGUGCUCGCCGCGCCACUGUACCACACGACAAGCAGCCCUUGUGUCUGCAUCAAAGCUAGAAUUGUCACGUUUCAUGCAAAAUGUGUGUUUUUUUAUUUUGAGUUAUUUGUUUUUACUCAUAAUAUCAUUUUAAGUUGGACGCCCUACCUGAUACUUCCUUAUGCAUUUAUAGAGUUUUGCUGAUACUCUGAGCCUUUUUAGCAGUCAUCAUUAUGCAGUAUUUGCUUUUUGAAUGCAUUUUGAUUUGACAUUGGAGUUUUACACCAAAAAUGUGCAACAAUGAACUUUUUCCCUCUUAUUUAUUUGUUACAGUACCGGUAAUCUCACACAUGUGGUAAAUGUAUUAUCAUUUUUAAGAUUUUAAAUUGGAUGCCCUACCGUAUUUAUGCGAGUUCGGAACUAAAUGUCCAUACAAAGCCAGUUUUGAAGAUAUUUUUAUUUAGCAGUCACCAUUGCUAAAUAGCAGACUUAUGAAUUACAUUAUGAAUCAGAUGCCCUUCCCAUUUGUCUUUGCGUAUAGGUCUGGCAACAUAAGACGAUUUUGGUGAUUUUUUUAUUUAUUUUUUGGUCAUAAUUUUAAGUCCGAUGCUGUACCUGUCUUUAACUUGUUUUUUUGUUUUUUUCUGAUACCUGCCCCGUCGCUGUAGCCCUCUGCUGCCUCUGGUGGUGUGGUUGUCGUUUUGACACAGGAGCAGAUGCGUGGAGUCUGAUCCUAAACUCUGCUGUGUGGGGAAAGUGCUGACAGUGCUGAAGUGUUUAAGAAAACUUCUCUGAGUAGAUAAAAUCCUUCCUCCUCAGCAGCUUCCUCCAUUUUAACAGACUUUGAUGUAGUCCACAACACAUCUGGACCUCAGUCUGCCAUGUGUGGACGGGGAGUUUGCUAUUGGAUAUAAAUGCCUAAUUAAAUUCAAUCUUGCAGAACUGUACCCGUGUAACUCCUUAGUUUAAAUUACAUAGAUUGUGCACCUUCAAGUAAUAAUACGUGACUUCUUCUGGAAGGUCCACCAUCUGCUUGUAAUGUUUAACAAUAUGGCGUUAAACUUGGGGACAAACUGGUGUCUCCUCCAUGCCAAGAAAACAUUGAAUAAUUGCAAAAAAGAUAUGUUUAAUGUCAUACUGUGGAAUAUUCAGACUCCUUGGCAUUCAGACAAAGCAAUAACAUCACCAUGGAGACAAGUAGGUGUCGGACACUCCACUAGUUACAUGUUACAUCUUUAAAGGUUGUAUGGAGGAUUUUUUUUCAGUUUCAAAUUGUCAAUGAAAGUUUAAAAUACCAUUACAGAGACGCAGCAGCCUUGUAAUUAUGAUGACCAAAAAAAAAAAAAAAAGAAUGAAAAUCUAUCAACUGUGGACAUAGUGAGGCCAGAUAAACAUCAGCCAAUAGACAACCAGGCUACCUCAUUUUCUAUUGGCUGUUAGGUUGUCAAUCAACCUCCCUACAUUUCUAGAGUAAUUGACUCGCGGCGUGCUGGGAUUACGUGGUUUAUGCAGCGGUUCUUAGAGGCUUUUUCAAACUGUAGCUUCCACGCAAUUCGCACAAACUCUGUCGCGAUUGCUGACGAGAAUCCACGACUAGUUCGCCGCAAAAGAAAAUCAGUUUUUGAGGUCGCUGAAAAGAAGAAGAGAAGGGGAAAAGGAGCAAAACCAAACUGAGGUGAUUCUUGGAGAUUCCUUCCAGAGAUGAAUCAGACGAAGGGUCUAAAGACUGAAGACGUGUCGGUCGCUAAAUUAUCUCUAGACAGGUCACUUCAACAGUAAUUCUGAACACACACUGACUGUAAACAAACGUGAUUUCUAGAGUAAAGAGGCGGGAGGAGAUGUUUCUACUGAUUGAGCUGUGGAGGAGGAAGGUGGUGUCACGCAUGCACAAGGACUGUCGCUCUAUUUCUCUUCCCUCAAAAAAUCCUUUAUACAACCUUUAUUAUAUUUGCCCAAAUUGUAAGCCAAAUUACAUUCAGUAUGUAUUCCUACAGUGUUGAAUUAGUGAAUGCUCAAAAAUCAAAAUCAAAAAUGUUUUAUAAGAUAUUACCGACUCGUCCUCCAAAAAACAAAUUUCACAGUUUCGACCUGCUGAAUAACCCACAUUAAACCAGAGCACUGACUUCCCCGUCACACAUUGCUCCCAGGGCACUGUGCUACAUAGUUAAUUUCCUCUUUUCCAUAAUCAUGUCUAAACACAGAAGAAGACAUGCUGUUCUCGCACUUUUGUCCACGCUCUCAACUGUUUCCUGUACCUGGAUGUGUGAUGUUAACUGGAAUAGACUGGGAGCACUGUGAACCCAGCGUUGCGCGUUCAUCUCUUGCCCAAGGGCACGUUGGCAGAAAGGUCAAAAGUCAAAAAUCGGACAAGAGUUGACCCCGAUGAGCAUGAUGAAAACGGGCUUGUGUGAAGUCAACGAAAAUGGCAGUUAUUUCAGUUGUUUCGCUCAAAGUACUCAUGAUAAAACUGAGAUUAAUUAAAGUGUCUAAUGAACCAGUUGUAUGUUUUAAAGGUGCAUAGUGUAACUUU